GUGUGGAGUAGAGCCGCUCCUCUAACACCGAACACAGCCGCUCUACAUCUCGCUGACAGACAGAGAGAGGGGAGAUCAUUCCCUGACGCACCAUCCAGGCGAGGGUCGCUGCAGCAUCCGUGAGGAAGGGGUAGACUUUUAUAACACCGUCGUGAUUUUAAAGGCGCAGUCCACUGAAAAAAAGAACAAUGUCUUAUCAAGGAAAAAAGAACAUCCCGAAGAUCACAAGCGACAGGCUUCUGAUCAAAGGGGGGAGGAUCGUGAACGAUGACCAGUCCUUCCACGCUGACAUCUACAUGGAGGAUGGCCUCAUUAAGCAGAUCGGAGACAACCUGAUCGUACCUGGAGGUGUGAAGUGUAUCGAGGCCCAGGGAAAGAUGGUGAUCCCGGGGGGCAUCGACAUCCACACCCACCUGCAGAUGCCCUAUCGUGGGACCACAACAGUGGACGACUUUGCUCAGGGAUCCAAGGCAGCUCUGGCCGGAGGAACCACCAUGAUCGUGGACCAUGUGAUUCCUGAGCCUGGUACCAGCCUCCUGGAGGCCUACGACCAGUGGAGACAGUGGGCGGACGAGAAGGUCUGCUGCGACUACUCCCUCCACGUGGACAUCACCCACUGGGAUGACAAUGUGAAGCAGGAGCUGGACAGUCUCAUCAAGGAGAAAGGCGUGAACUCCUUCCAAGUCUACAUGGCCUACAAGGACUACUAUCAGAUGACCAACAGUGAGCUCUACGAGGUUUUCACCUUCUUAGCAGAAAGAGGAGGCAUCGCUCAGGUCCACGCUGAGAACGGAGAGAUAAUUGCCGAGGAACAGGCCCGCAUGCUGCAGAUGGGCAUCACUGGACCAGAGGGACACGUGCUGAGCAGACCAGAGGAGCUGGAGGCAGAGGCAGUGUUUCGUGCCAUCACCAUCGCCAGCCAAACCAACUGUCCCCUCUAUGUGACCCGCGUCAUGAGCAAGAGUGCUGCAGACAUCAUCUCUCAGGCACGCAAGAAAGGAAACGUUGUGUUUGGGGAGCCAAUCACGGCCAGCCUGGGGACAGACGGGACGCAUUACUGGAGCAAGAACUGGGCCAAGGCAGCUUCUUUUGUAACAUCCCCUCCUCUGAGCCCUGAUCCCACCACUCCAGACUAUCUCAACACUCUGCUGUCAAGUGGAGACCUUAGCGUAGCUGGCAGUGCUCACUGUACCUUCAGCGUGGCCCAGAAGGCCAUUGGCAAGGACGACUUCACUCAGAUUCCAGAGGGCGUCAACGGAGUGGAGGAGCGGAUGGCUCUGAUCUGGGAUAAAGCUGUGACCACUGGGAAGAUGGACGAGAACAUGUUUGUGGCUGUGACCAGCACUAACGCAGCUAAGAUCCUGAACCUGUAUCCCCGGAAGGGUCGCGUGGCUGUGGGCUCUGAUGCUGAUCUGGUCAUCUGGGACACAGACUCCAUUCGCACCAUCACUGCCAAGACACACAACUCGGCUGCUGAGUACAACAUCUUUGAAGGCAUGGAGCUGCGUGGAGCGCCACAGGUGGUGAUUUGCCAGGGUAAGAUUGUCCUGGAAGAUGGGAACCUGCACACCACCUCCGGUGUGGGUCGCUUCAUUCCCUGCUCUCCCUUCCCUGACUUCGCAUACAAGCGGGUGAAAGCCAGAAAGCAGCUGGCCGUGUUGAAGGCAGUGCCCAGAGGAAUGUACGACGGCCCCGUGUCUGAAUACUCCAUGUCACGUGGAGGUACACCGUCUGCCUCUGCACGAACCUCUCCGACCAAACAGCCUGUCAGAAACCUGCACCAGUCUGGAUUUAGUCUAGCAGGUCCUCCAACCCCAGAUGACCUCCCCAUCAGGCCUGCUGGUCGCCGUAUUGUAGUGCCCCCUGGUGGUCGUUCCAACAUCACGUCUCUGAGUUAAGCGGCACACAGGAGGAAGAUGCAUUCCACCAAAAGGCAGUGGCUGCAGUUCAGGAGGAAGACAAGAAGAAUUAGAAAAGAAGAAGGAGGAGGAGAAGACGCAGAGGACCACGAUUAAGUAAAAUAAAAAAGUUAAGAACAAAACACUGAAUCCUCAUGCCUUACCUGUCACAACGCUACCUUGCUCAGAUGAGAACAGUAUCCCUUUUCCUGUGGAACUGGUAACACUAGUCUGGAGAAUUUUCUAAAGAUGACAUCAAAGCAUAUUAAAUCAUCUUAGCCACAUUUUCUUUCGAGCUGAAACCCAAACACCACACACAGUGAAAACAUGUCCACCCUGGUGAAUUAGAAACACUCUGGAAAACAUCAGAUAACUGCGUCCUCAAAGGGAAAUAGAUACUGUUUUUAUCAUCAUCAGUCUUGCUUUCCAUGCCCCCCCCACUUCCCCAUUCUUUAUGCUUCAUAUUCAUCACACCAAAACACUCUACCCCACAUUAGUCAUGUCUUCAUACUCAUGCAGUUCUGCUGUAUAUAAACUAGAUGUAAUGUAGCCCUUGUGAAUGAUGUUGUUGAAGCAAGUUUGAUUUUACUGGACCAAGUAAAAAGUGGUGAAGAAGUUUUUCCAGCAGGAGUGUGGUCGGACAUGGAGCUGCAUGGGCCACAUUAACUUGGGUGACGUGAGCCAUGUACCCCCACCCCCCUCCUCUGAGGUACUUUAAUGAGCACCAUCCCUGCUAUGUGCUGAUUGCACAACUAUUGAUGUUAAAAAAUUAUAGACCUCCUUACUCUUUCACUAAACAAAAUAAAAGAAACAUACAAACACUUUUGUGAUUUUUGAGAUUUUUAGAUUUUUUUUUUUACACUUGAUUUCCCCUCUUUUCCCACAUAUUAUGGAAGGGACGAUGUAAAGCCCAUUUUUCACAUUUGCUUCUUGCUUAUUGUUAGCUUGUCACCACCGCAGCAUCUUGAAAAAUGUGAAAAAUGAGCAGAAACAAAAAUUAAAGUGGACAAGGUCGUAACUUGCAAAUGAAAAUGCAAAAAAGUCCCUAAACAGUCUCGGUCAAAAGUCAAAUAAGUUCUUUGUUAUUCUUUUUCCUUAGAUAUGUCUUUUAAAAAUAUAUUUGUAAUAAGGCAGAGGAUUACAGUGCAGCAAGUGUAGCCUGAUAAGAAGAAGAUAGUUUUUGAUCUGGCAGUGGACGGAAGAAGGCACAAGUGUUGUUUUUUUGUAUUUAUGCUAGUUUGAUGAUUUUUUUAAAACGUUGUUUUCUUCUUUUCUUACUGUUGUACAGUACCAAACCCAGAGAUGGCAGGUCAAAAUAAGGUGUGUUGUGAAAUGUAUGAUGUAUGGACUGUUUCCAAAAUAAACAAGAAUUGCAACUGAA